AUGAGAUCCAUAAAUGACCACCAAUUUGCAGAGUUUCUUCUUCGUGUAGGCGAUGGGAGUGAACAAGUCAUCAAUGACGAAAUGAUAAGAUUACCGGAAUGCAUGGUGGUUCCAUGGGAAAGCGACCAAUCUAUCAAUCUAAUUAUUGAUGAAGUUUUCCCCAAUUUGGGUGAUCAUGUAAAUGAUGCAAGAUACAUGGUGGACAGAGCAUUGAUUACUCCUAUAAACGACGAUGUGGACGUGUUGAAUGAAAAGAUAAUCCAUAUGUUUCCAGGUGAAGAAAUUACAUUGUACUCAUUUGACUCUGUUGAAGAUGACAUCAGAAAUUUGUACCAACCAGAGUUUCUGAACUCAAUAACCGCAGGUGGGCUGCCACCCCACAAGUUAACUCUGAAAGUAGGUGCUCCAAUCAUGCUUUUGAGGAAUAUUGACCCUAAAUUGGGAUUGUGUAACGGUACUAGAUUGUUGUGCCGUGGUUCGUACCAAAAUCUGAUUGAUGCUGAGAUACUAACAGGACAAUUUGCUGGGACUAGAGUUUUUCUACCUAGAAUUCCUUUGAAAAGUGCAGAAAAUGCUGGGCUCCCAUUUCAACUAACAAGAAAGCAAUUUCCAGUGAAACUGAGCUUCUGUUUGACCAUAAACAAAUCUCAAGGCCAGACUAUCCCACAUGUAGGUGUUUACCUCCCAGAUCAUGUUUUUAGUCAUGGACAAUUAUAUGUGGCAUUGUCGAGAGGAGUAUCGGAGUCAACCACAAAAGUUCUGGUUAAAAAAGGAUCCAUAGUUGGUGAAGAUGGCGUAUUUACAAAGAAUGUCGUAUUUAAAGAAGUUUUGCUUCAUUCAAACACAAAUGAUAGAUCGUCUUCAUAG